AUGGCUAAGCGGUGGCAUCGGACAAUAGACACUCAUCUGGGGGCUCAUACUCCUCCUGACCCAAAUUAUUACGAAAAAACGUGGUGCUGGGAGUCCUCGAGAGUCGGCUACAAGGAUCCCAACGUUCUUUUUACCACACUACAUGAGGAAUACAACACCCUAAAGUGCGCGAUUCAAGACCCGGAGGCUUGGCAUCGCGACGUCUCUUGCAUUGCGAGGGCUUCGAAUAACAACGAUGAAUUCCUAACUCUGCUUAAACAGCGACAAGCAGAGAGGUUUCACGAGAUCCAGACAACCUGGCAAAAGACCAAAACACGGUUAAUUACGGAUCCUGCACGUUGGGACAACCCGCCAACCAAAGCUGUUUUAUGGAGCAAUUUUCUACAAUUUGCUCGAAAUUUCUCAUACGAUUGCCUCGUCACCUGCUUUGGCGCCUACGCGACUGAUGCCCAACCCUCUGCUCAACCUCUGCUAUCAAAUUCCAUUGAGGUCCACCCUUCCAAACCUCAAAAGCCCAAAAGAGAACCAAAAGAGAAAAUGGCAGCAUCCUCUGGCGUGACCAAGUCCUCGUCAAAAGCCUCGAAAUCGAGACCGAAAUCGAGACCGAAACGGGACAGCAGCAGGCAGGACGGUGUGCGGAGAAGUACUCGGUUACAACAACGCGCUGAACAAUCCAAGUGA